AUGAAUGAGAUCAUGACACUGGCCCACGUGUUCCUGCAGAACUUCUGUAAAGGGAACAGCCAGAACCAGGUUCUGCUCCACAAACACCUCAACCUGUUCCUCACACCAGGGCUCCUGGAGGCUGAGACCAUGCGCUACAUCUUCAUGAACAACUUCUAUCUGUGCAACGAUAUCAGUGACCGUGUGGUCCACCAUUUUGUUCACUGCAUCGAGACGCACGGCCGACACGUCCAGUACCUCAAGUUCCUCCAGACCAUCGUUAAGGCCGACGGGAAGUAUGUCAAGAAGUGCCAGGACAAGGUCAUGACCGAGCUGGUGAACGGUGGCGAGGACGUGCUGGUGUUCUACAACGACCGCUCCUCUUUCCCGGUGCUGUUCCAGAUGAUGUGCUGCGAACGGGAGCGUGGGGACGAGGGCGGAGCCCUGGCCUACCACAACACCCUGGUAGAGCUCCUCGCUGCCUGCACCGAGGGCAAAAACGUCUACACCGAGCUGAAAUGUAACUCCCUGCUGCCCCUGGAUGACAUCGUCAAGGUGGUCACCCACGAUGACUGCAUCGCUGAGGUGAAGACGGCUUACGUGAACUUUGUGAACCACUGCUAUGUGGACACGGAGGUGGAGAUGAAGGAGAUCUACACCAGCCACCACAUCUGGAAGCUCUUUGAGAACUUUCUGGUGGACAUGGCACGGGUGUGCAACAGCACCACGGACCGUAACCAUGCCGACGUUCCCCUGGAAAUGUAUGUGAUUGAGACAGUAAUGGCCAUCGUCAAGGGCUUCUUCAGCUCCCAGUUCCCUGUCAACAACUCCAACCUGCAGACCCACCAGCCCAUCUUCAUCAAGCUGCUCCAGUCUUCCUUCAGGAUCUAUAACUGCACCUGGAUCAGCUCGGCCCAGAAGAACAACAUUGAGGGCUGCAUCAAAACACUGGCUGACGUGGCCAAGGCGCGUGCCAUAGCCAUACCGGUGGAUCUGGACAGCCAGGUGAACACUCUGUCUCUGAAGGCCCACACCAAUGUGGUGCAUCGUGCCGCCAAGGACUGGAGGAUCUCAGCACGCACCCGGCCCCGAAAGGAGACCCUAGGAGGGCCUGACUACAAGAGCAUCAUCGAGAAGCUGCAGGGUGUGGUGGCAUGUCUAGAGGAGCAGUUCAGUCCUAAGGUGCAGGCCGAGUUCUCUGUGUUGGUGGAUGUACUACACAGCCCUGAGCUGUUGUUCCCAGAGGCUGCCAGACUGCGCUGUGAGAGUGGAGCCUUCAUGUCCAAACUGAUCAAACACACCAAGAAGCUGAUGGACAAAGAGGAAAAACUGUGCAUUAAGAUCCUGCAGACACUUAGAGAAAUGCUGGACAAGAAGGAGGCCUUCGAUGAGCCUGUGAGUACUGAUCCAGACAUGGGAAAUGUGUUAAGGCAUAUUCUCCUCACUCGCUACUUUGGAAAUCAAAGGCUUCUCUCCAAAUCAGAGUUUGGGAGCGGGAACAGCUCGGCUGGAGGCUUUGGAGGUGGCUCUCUGGUCCAGGACUCUGACAAGCCGAGCAGCAGCAUGGUGGACAUCCAGUGUCUGCUUGACAGUGAGGGAGCCUCAGAGCUGGUCAUAGACCUCAUUGUCAGUACCAAGAACGAUCGCGUGUUCCAGGAGAGCAUCCUGCUAGGCAACGCCCUGCUGCGGGGGGGAAACACUCAGAUACAGAACUCGUUCUACCACCAGCUGCACAAGCAGAAAAAGUCGGAGCGCUUCUUCAAGGUGUUCUAUGACCGCAUGCGUCUGGCCCAGCAAGAGAUCCGGGCCACUGUGUCCGUCAACAUGUUCGAGGUCAGCACCUGCAGGAAGAGAGAGGAGGACGUCGACGUCAGUCACAGUGGCAUCCGGCUCAGGAAAACAGCGAAAGACUCUUCCCUUCACAUGAAAGACAACAUGCGUGGCCAGUUGAAGGAGGCGUCCUCAGCCACCUCCAAGGCCUUUGUCUCCUUCCGGAAGGAUCUGGACACAGACCUGGAGGUGCUGGAUGGCCAGGCCGGUGAUGGGCCCGGGGGAGGGGGCGAGGAGAGGGAGGAAGAGGCCCAGAUGAGCCCGGCCAUCACCAUCAUGAAGCCUAUCCUGCGAUACCUCCAGCUGCUCUGUGAGAACCACAACAGGAACCUGCAGAACUUCCUGCGGAACCAGAACAACAAGACUAACUACAACCUAGUGUGUGAGACUCUGCAGUUCCUGGACAUCAUGUGUGGUAGCACCACGGGAGGCCUGGGCCUGCUGGGCCUCUACAUCAAUGAGGGCAACGUGGACCUUGUCCGGCAGACCCUGGAGACAAUCACCGAGUACUGCCAGGGGCCUUGCCACGAGAACCAGUCCUGUAUAGCCAAGCACGAGUCCAACGGAAUCGAUAUCAUCAUAGCUCUGAUAGUCAACUCCAUCAACCCCUUGGGGAAGAAUCGAAUGGACCUGGUGCUGGAACUCAAGAACAACGCCUCCAAGCUGCUGCUGGCAAUCAUGGAGAGUCGCCAUGACAGCGAGAACGCCGAGAAGAUCCUUUACAAGAUGAGGCCCAUGGAGCUGGUGGAUGUGAUGAAGGAGGCGUAUGCCCAGGGGCUGGAGAGUGAAGCUGAGGAGAACUCUAUAGGAGACCAGAUCAAACCAAAAGACGUAGGACACAACAUCUACAUCCUGGCCCACCAGCUAGCCAGACACAGCAAGUUCCUGCAGCAGAGCUUGAGGCCGCCAGCGGCGGGGCUGCUGCUGAACGAUGACACGGAGGGAGACGACGCCCUUGGUUACUAUGCCAACCACACCGCUCAGAUAGAGAUUGUGCGUCACGACCGCACCAUGGAGCAGAUAGUGUUUCCAGUGCCCAACAUCUGUGAGUACCUGACAGAGGAGUCCAAGACGCGCGUGUUCACUACAACCGAGAGGGAUGACCAGGGCAGCAAGGUCAACGACUUCUUCACGCAGUUUGACGACCUCUAUAAUGAGAUGCGCUGGCAGAAGAAGAUACGCAAUAACCUGGCUCUGUUCUGGUUCUCUCGGCACAUCUCUCUGUGGGGAAGCAUCUCUUUCUACCUAGCCGUUCUAGUCAACGUGGCCGUGGCUCUCUUCUACCCCUUUGGAGAUGACGGAGAUGAAGGCAUCCUGCCCCCCUUUGUGUCCAUCCUGCUGUGGGUGGCGUUGGUGGUGUGCACCGCCAUGCUCUUCAUCCUGCCCAAACCAGGGAGUGUCCGGCCCUUCCUUGUCUCUGUCAUACUGCGCUCUAUUUACACACUGGGCCUGGGCCCGACCCUGCUGCUACUGGGGGCCGCCAAUCUCCUAAAUAAGAUAGUGUUCCUGGUGAGCUUCGUGGGCAACCAGGGGACGUUCACGCGGGGCUACAAGGCGGUGGUCAUGGACAUGCCCUUCCUCUACCACGUGGGCUACAUCAUCGUCUGUAUGCUGGGCCUCUUCGUCCAUGAGUUCUUCUACAGCUUCCUGCUUUUUGAUCUGCUGAACCGCGAGGAGACCCUGCUGAACGUGAUCAAGAGCGUGACACGUAAUGGGCGCUCCAUCGUCCUUACGGCUGUGCUGGCCCUCAUUCUGGUCUACCUCUUUUCCAUCGUGGGCUUCCUCUUCCUCAAGGACGACUUCCUCAUGGAUGUGCAACGUCUGCCAGGGAAACUGGAAACACUAAAAGAUGGCCGAGCUCCCUCCGACAAGUGUUUGAAAGACGGCUGCCCAGACUACUUACCCACGUCUGUCACCAUGAUGGUGGAGGAGGACGAUGGGACGGAGCGUGUGUGUGACACUCUGCUGAUGUGUAUCGUGACGGUGCUGAACCAGGGCCUGAGGAAUGGAGGGGGAGUAGGAGAUGUGCUGAGGAAGCCUUCCAAAGACGAUCCUCUGUUUGCGGCCCGUGUGGUGUAUGACCUACUGUUCUUCUUUAUUGUCAUCAUCAUCGUCCUCAACCUCAUCUUCGGCGUCAUCAUCGAUACGUUCGCCGACCUGAGGAGUGAGAAGCAGAGGAAGGAGGAGAUACUGAAGACCACCUGCUUCAUCUGUGGGUUGGAGAGGGAUAAGUUUGACAACAAGACAGUGUCAUUUGAGGAGCACAUCAGGUCGGAACACAACAUGUGGCACUACCUGUACUUCCUGGUUCUGGUGAGGGUGAAGGACCCCACGGAGUACACUGGCCCCGAGAGCUACGUGGCCCAGAUGAUCAAGGAGAAGAACCUGGACUGGUUCCCCCGGAUGCGGGCCAUGUCCCUGGUGAGCAGCGAGGGGGACGGCGAGCAGAACGAGAUGCGCUCCCUGCAGGAGAAACUGGACAGCACUGUCACACUGGUGUCCCUGCUGUCCUCCCAGCUGUCUGAGCUAAAGGAUCAGAUGACAGAGCAGAGGAAGAACAAACAGAUGAUGGGCUUCCUGGGGCCUGCUGGGGUCAACAACCACCACAUCCCAGCACACUGAGGGGCCUGAGUGCCCCUGCUAACAGAGAAAACUGCUGGAGGUACACAAAGGGGCCAUAAACACGUGUGCACACACACACACACACACACACACACGUACACACACAAUAGUAUCAGAUUUAUGGGGCCUGCAGCCACUGGCCCACACGCAUAAUUUACUCAAACAGUGCUUUGUAUUCAAAGCAAACAGUGCCUUGUUCUUAGACAGUGUACUGACUCCUCACCCAGCAUCACCCUCUCACAUAUCACAUAGAACAGUACAGUGAUGUCUGCCUUUAGGACAGCACAAGCUGCCCAGUCAUACUGAUCAUCCCAUGUCAGUCCUGCUGCUCUAUGAGUGAGCCUCUGAAUAAGAUGCCAGGUAUACCACACAUUGGCCAGUGUCACUAUGGCAGACUCCUGCAGACUGGAGGUCAUGGGAGAGGGUUAAAGGUUAAGUACAGUGGCCCUGUGGGCAGCCACGCUCUUUCUUCUGUAUUCUCAGUGUACUGUGUCUGUCUGAGACUAAGAUGAAGACAGAGACUGGGCUAUGCGCAGGUCAGGUAUUGGUACAUUGGGUUGGUUGGUGUUGUUCAGUUCUCUUUGGACUUGAAAGGGGCUGCUCCUUGUAUUACUGAUAGGCCCUCUUUGGAAAGGGUGUACGUGUAACUUUACGGUGAAGUAUUUUCUUCCUAGCCUGGUCUCAGAUCUGUUUGUGUUGUCUUGCCAACUCCUACGAAAAUGAUAAUAGGAGUUGGCAAUACCGCACAAACAGAUGUGGGACCAGGUUAUUCUCUUUGGAUAUGUUUUAAUAUGACCUGUUAAAUUGUGAACGGAACUGGAGUACAUUACAAAAUUACAUUUUUUAUACUUUGGAAUUAGAAAUGGAACAUUGAUCAACUUACCGCCUGGCUGCCUUGGGGGGUAACAUUGAUCAAGUUACCGCCUGGCUGCCUUGGGGGGUAACAUUGAUCAACUUACCGCCUGGCUGCCUUGGGGGGUAACAUUGAUCAACUUACCGCCUGGCUGCCUUGGGGGGUAACAUUGAUCAACUUACCGCCUGGCUGCCUUGGGGGGUAACAUUGAUCAACUUACCGCCUGGCUGCCUUGGGGGGUAACAUUGAUCAACUUACCGCCUGGCUGCCUUGGGGGGUAACAUUGAUCAACUUACCGCCUGGCUGCCUUGGGGGGUAACAUUGAUCAACUUACCGCCUGGCUGCCUUGGGGGGUAACAUUGCUUUGUCAUCUCAAUCAUUAUGACUGUGAUAGUCAAUGUUUUCAAUAUCCUGCACUUUAAAAAAAAAAUAUUACGUACAACUGGAGAAACGGAUUUGCAUAUGAUGUUACUUUACUUGAACUCGCUGCCAUAAUGCUUCAUACCAGUUUCAUUAACAUGUCGUAAAGCUUCAUAGAAUGUGUCAGGUCUCCAGGAUAUACUAUGCCAAUGUUAUGACACAUAUAUAUUUACAUGUAUUGUGGUAUUUAGCCUUAUGCUAUGAAGCUUCACGGCAUGUUUACGACGAGUUCAAGUAAAGUGUUGUCGCCUUUUCUCUCAGAGAAGUGUCCUCCGUGAUAAUGCAAUCCCUGAACAGCAUUAUGACUUUCUAUUCAUAUUGUACAUAGUCUAUAAAUAACAGAAUGAAAAGAAAAUGUAUAUGAAGAUAAUCUGAUUAUCUGUACGGAAUUUACUUGAAAUGCCUUGAGUCUUAAAUCCUAUAUUGGUACAGAAUGUAGUCAGGAGGAUUGAUUUGAAAAUCAUGUGCUUGUGUCCAAUACAGUAGAUAGUCUUAGUAACUCACUCAUGUUGAUAGAGAUGUUUGAUCAUAAUGUAAUCGUGGCGUGCGUCCCAAAUGGCACCCUGUUUCUUAUGUAGUGCCUUACUUUUGACCAGGGCCUAGAGGGCUCAAGUAGGUGCUUCUGGGCCCUGGUCAAAAGUAGGGCAAUAUAUAGAGAAUAGAUUGCUAUUUGGGACAUAGGCAUCAACUCAUCUCAUACUGUAAUGAUCAUUCUCUAUGGUUUGUUAGGGGUUCAAACAGUGAAGCUGUGAGAAGCCCUAUUGUAUUUGUUGGCGUUCAUUAUUAUACAUCUUCUUCCGCCAAGGAAAAUGAAUACGCACAUUCCUGUAAGGCUUAAGAGGGUGCAAUUUGGCAUGAUGGUAAAGGCCCAUGGGCCCCACACCCUCUCAAGCAAUGCCAUGUCAAUUGGACUCAUGGUGGCGUUAUAACAAGCGAUUGAAGAUGCAACCUUUGAAAGGUCAUGUCCCUUACCCCGUUUGAGUCAUGAAAUUCGGUACAUAGGUCCCUCUCCUCACAAGGAAUGAAUUUGCUUCAAUGACGCAUAAGGUUUUCCAUGAUGGAUUUUCUACCAUUUCCAAUUUUUUGAUAAACAUUUAAAACGCUACUCAUCUGGCAUCGAAUGACCGAUCUGCAUGAAACUUGAUACAUGGUAUCUAUGUACCAAGUUCUCUCUAAGCAAUAUUUUACAGGAUAGCAUCUCAAACAACAUGGCCGCUAGUGACCAAUAAACAUUUAAGUUGGCGUGACCUGGCACAUAAAUGAAUAUAAAUCAGACACAGAUAUUCGUAUUGUAACAACUUCAAACACAUGUUCCAAACACUGUCAAAACUCAACAUAUGCAAGCACAUUUAGAUCAAUCACAAAGUGGCACUGUCAGGGGCACAUGAUUAUAUCUCUUGAUCUGUUUCACUCAGAUUGAUGAAAUUUGGCACACACGCUCAGGGAUCUGGGUGUAGCUAACUUGUAGAGUAUGGUUAGGUUUCCUGUAAAAACAGGAAAAAACAAUCAUGCAAGCUCAUUGGCUUAUAGUGGCCAUGUUGUUUGAGCUAGAGUCUUGGAAAAUAUUGUGUUUAAAGAUGUUCAUAGAUGCUAUGUACCAAAUUUGUUGCCAAUUGGUCAAGCUAUUUUCUGUUGUCGUUUUUAACUCUUGUAACUCAGCCAUGUAACUCAGUCACAUGGAAUUCAAUUUAAUAUGUGUGUAUAAAACUUGUAUGUCUGUAAAUGUUUUUAUCUUCCACAAUCACAUGACAGUAUGAGAGUAUGUAUGCACUUCAGAGGGGAAUGCCCUUUGACACUUUUCUGUAAACAGAUAGUGUUUUAUGUUGAUCAAAUGCUAUAUUGUAAUAAAUCUAUGAUAAGAUGAGACUGGA